GUGCAUUGUUACUUCCUGCACAUGCAUGCGCAAUUGAAUGGAAAUUACCGGGAGAAAAACAGAUUUUGCCUGCGGGUAAAAGUAGGCCUGCAGCAGCAGUAGGAAUACUUUACACGGAGUUUUGGUCAAACAGGUUUGACAAGACUGUACAUCACCCGCCCUCCAGACUGGCAAAGGCAAAAAGUGUGUGAUGCUGCCUAUUUAUGACGCCGCCUACAGUCCUAGUGCGCACAUCGUCUGUGGUUUCAGACACCCGAGUCCAUAGCGCUAAGAUUCUUUAUCAAAAACCUGUUGAGUCUUUAAGGCCUGAGCAAACUGCCAAUCCGAUGUAUCGGACAUGGCUACAGUUCCUCGCGCUUCUGGGUGGAUUUGCAGUGCCAGGUGUGCUGCGAGUCGGUGGGAUGGAGGUUUUUAUGUCCAAUGAGGUGGAGGCAGUGAACGGGACAGAAGUGAGACUGAAGUGUACCUUUAAGUCCAAACACCCCGUGUCCCACUCCUCUGUGACUGUCUCCUGGAACUUCCGUCCCUUGGGCCAGGGAGACGAGGAGUCGGUGUUUUACUACCAGGAGAUGGCAUACCCCCCUACAGAGGGGCGGUUUAAGGGCCAUGCGGUGUGGUCGGGGGACAUCCUGAGACAGGACGCCUCCAUCAGCCUCCAGGACGUUCCCUUCACCUUCAACGGUACCUACACCUGCCAGGUCCGCAACCUGCCUGACGUCCACGGCAUCAACGGAGAGGUCACCCUCAGGGUCGUCCACAAAGUCUCCGUCUCUGAGAUAGGCAUGCUGGCUGUAGCCAUCGGGGCAGCCAUCGCCAUAGUCCUGGUGGUGCUGGGCAUCUUUGUGGUGUGCAAGUACCGCAAACUCAACCGCCACGACAACACAGACCUGGAGCUACAGGGGAAGGAACUGCAGGAGAGAGAGUUAAAUGCCAGGAUCCUAGAGGAGAGAGAGUUAAAUGCCAGGAUCCUAGAGGAGAGAGAGUUAAAUGCCAGGAUCCUAGAGGGAGAGAGUUAAAUGCCAGGAUCUAGA